AUAAGCUUUGUGUUGUAAGCACACAGUCAUGCCAGUAAGAAGAGAAGGUAGCGAUGGUUCUAGAUGUGUUUCUGGGGCUUGUUCUCUCAUGUCUGCUUCUCCUUUCACUGUGGAGGCAGAGCUCUCAGAGAAGAAAGCUUCCUCCUGGACCCACCCCUCUCCCAGUCAUUGGAAAUAUUCUUCAGGUAGAUCUUAAGAACAUCAGCAAGUCACUGAGGGAUCUUUCAAAAGUCUAUGGCCCUGUGUUCACAUUGUACUUGGGCAGGAAGCCUGCUGUGGUAUUACAUGGGUAUGAAGCAGUGAAGGAAGCUCUGAUUGAUCAUGGGGAGGAGUUUGCUGGAAGAGGAAGCUUCCCAGUGUUUGAAAGAUUUAAGAAAGGCCUUGGAAUUGCUUUUAGCAAUGGAAGGAACUGGAAAGAGACACGGCGCUUCUCACUCAUGACUCUGAGGAACUUUGGGAUGGGGAAAAGAAGCAUUGAGGACCGUGUUCAAGAGGAAGCUCGCUGUCUUGUGGAGGAACUGAGGAAAACCAAUGAAUCGUUUUGAUUAUAAGGAUCAGGAUUUUCUUAACUUGAUGAACAAUUUAAAUGAAAAUGUCAAGAUUAUGAGUUCC